GCCAAGAUGACUGCAGUUGGAAUAACAGAAAAUGUAAAAGGUGAUAUUAAAAAAUUUGAAAUCUGGUAUAAUGCAAGGGAAGAAGUUUACAUAAUACAGGCUGCAACUCCUGAAAUCAAAGCUACCUGGGUAAAUGAAAUUAGAAAAGUAUUAACCAGCCAAUUACAGGCUUGCAGGCAAGCUAGCCAGCAUAAAGCUGUUGAACAUACUCAGAGUUUACCUUUAUCUCUCUCAGCUAACACCAGCCCUCCAAAAAAUGAGGGAAGGCACUUGAGAAAACAAGAAAUGAGAAAUGCAGACAGUCCAGAUGGUUCUGUCAGUUCAGUAGCAUCAAAGAAUCUUGAAAAAAGCAAAGGUUGGUCCAAAAUAUCUCAAUCUCUUGAUGCUUCUGAAGAAAAUGAUGGUUGGUCUAGUGCAGAAGAUCCACUUAAUUCAUCAGAUGCAGAAGAAGAGGGAAAGGGAGAAAAGAAAUUGAUUCCUGGUAUCUGCGGAACUUGAGCACAAACAAAGAAGGGUGGGUCCCUAUCAACAUUCUGAUACCAUUACUCAGUAACUCCAAAUCUGCUUUCUCUCUCAGCAGCUCAGGUAA